UUGUUGCGGCGCCGCGUUAGCAUCAAGUGGCUAAUGUGAAGCUGAGUGUUGGCAGGCUGGAAAACAUCGAAUAUUUGCACCUUUUUUUUUUUUUUUUAAAGCUUGGCUUUCGCAAACACCAGACCUCCACCUAAGACAAAAUGCCCCCGAAGAAGCCGGCUCCAGUCGCAGGGAAUAAAAAAACGCAAGAAAAGAAGAAGGAAAAAAUUAUUGAGGAUAAAACGUUUGGCUUGAAGAACAAGAAAGGCGCCAAGCAACAGAAGUUCAUCAAGAACGUCACGCAGCAAGUCAAAUAUGGACAACAAAACGCCCGGCAGGUCACGCAGGCGGAGGCCGAAAAGACCAACAAGAAGACAGACAAGAAGAAAGAGUUGGAUGAGCUCAAUGAGCUCUUCAAGCCAGUCGUCGCUGCCCAGAAAGUCAACAAAGGUGUGGACCCCAAGUCAGUGCUGUGCGCAUUCUACAAGCAGGGCCAGUGCACCAAAGGAGACAAGUGCAAGUUCAGUCACGACUUGUCCAUGGAGAGAAAGUGUGAGAAGAGGAGCCUCUACGUGGACGAGCGGGACGAGGAGCUGGAGAAAGACACCAUGGACAACUGGGAUGAGAAGAAGCUGGAGGAGGUAGUCAACAAGAAGCACGGCGAAGCAGAGAAGAAGAAAUCCAAAACUCAGAUCGUGUGCAAGUUCUUUCUGGACGCCAUCGAGAACAACAAAUACGGCUGGUUUUGGGUGUGCCCGGCAGGAGGGGGAGAUUGUAUGUACCGGCAUGCCCUGCCGCCAGGGUUUGUGCUGAAGAAGGACAAGAAGAAGGAGGAGAAGGACCAGGAGAUCUCCAUGGAGGAGCUGAUAGAGAGUGAGCGUGCAGCGCUCGGUGCCAGUGUGACCCGCAUCACCCUGGAGACGUUCCUGGCUUGGAAGAAGAGGAAACGGCAGGAGAAGGUGGCCAAAGCCCAGGAGGAGAUGGAGAAGAAGAAGGCAGACUUCAAGGCCGGCAAGUCGCUGGUGGUAAGCGGCCGCGAGGUGUUUGAAUUCCGACCAGAGCUGGUGGACGACGACGACGCAGAAGCGGACGAGACACAAUACUCCAACAGGGGAGAUGAUGAUGACGACGACUAUGACCAGGAAAAGGACGACACCAUGCAGGUCCAGGACAUAGACCUGUCCCGCUUUGUUCCUCAAGAAGUGGAUAACACGGGAAUCACCGUGGCCGCCGUGGACCGCUUCACUGCCAUGAGUAAGAGUCAGAAGAUGGACCAGGACAACCAACAGCUAAAUGGCGCAUGCGGCGGCUCUGAUGCCAACGGGCCGUCAGGGGCUGAGGGAGACGGGGAGGCCGGAGGAGGGGAAGACGAGGACGGCGGCGACGUACCUGUGGACGAGAACUUGUUCACCGGGGAGGAUCUGGAGGAACUGGACGAAGAGCUCAACACGCUGGCACUGGACGACUGAGCGCGACAUGGAGAUGACACAGAUGGAUGGAUGCAUGGACACUUUAAGUUUUGAUUUUUAAGUUGCAGAGACUCUGUAACAAAAGCUCAAUCACGUGACCGCCAGGCUCCUCCCCCUCUUCCAACUUCUACGCUUUUUUCCCCCUGCAAUGAUUGAAAUAGUCGCAGCGAGGAAAUGUAGUGGACGAAACGAACAGCUGUGAUUCUGUUCUAAGAAAUUAUUCUGUUCUUUCACCAAAACUCUACAGUAUCCCAUGUAUACAAUGAGCUGCCUCUACGUUAAUGUUGCGCUAAAGAGAGAUUGGGGAGGAGGGGCCCUCCGAUCUAGGCGGGCCCUCCAAUCUAGGCAGCCUCUCGCAACCAACAGGUGAGUGAUGUGACUGUAAAUUAUGUUCACUGAUGUCAUUGAACAGGAAUAAU